UACGUCCUCGGGCGGCCCAGAGGAGAAAUCAUCAUCUUCAUCGAUGGGGAGUAAGAAAAAUGUGAUUCCCUGGUACUGCGAUCCCGCGAGGUUUCGCGUUUUCGGAAAAAUGCUAGGGCAGCGCCGCAACGGGCACACGCACUUUCGGCUGGUUAAUACGAGUGGUACUACUGCUGGGGCGUCGAGGAAUUUUGUCGACCCCGUCCACGCAAUGGCAACCCAGGGCUCGCCGCCCCGGGGUCCAGCUGCACGAUCAUAUUUACACGACUCAAAUCCUUUCCGAGAUAGUGUGUGGAGCGGAAGUGGCGGUCCAUCUGGUCAUCCUCUGCAGGGUGAUGUUGGCAACAUUGGCGACACGGACUUUGACCGCGCAGUCGUCAUUCCCGUUUCGUUUGGU